GCCGUGCAAAAGAACAAUAAUUUUUAUUCGCUAACCGCAUCUCCGUUUCUGUGUGUUUUCUUCGGUGUUAUCAACGAUUCCUUCGAUUCGGUGGUGUCCACACUCGUCUGCAGUAUUGACCGUCUCAAAGAACAACAAGUUUCGAUCCAGAAAGACCCCACAUUAGCUCACUUCCGUCGCCGUUGCGGUGCGAAGGACCGCAUCGUAAAGGAUAUUACGGGUGGCGUGCAUUCAUCCCCCAUUCCGGUGAACUAGUCGCAAGCAUUUGCAUCACCAGAGGCAAUCACAAUCGUCCACAUUAUCAACUUCACUUGCGCCCAACAGUAGAACGCAGAUCACGUGGUUCGAACUACAAAAUCGAGAGAAAAAUCAUUCGUCAAUUUUCGAUGCAAAAUAGAAUGAUCCUCUCACCGGUGACAGUUGAGCUGCAGUAGACCCCGCACUGCGCCGUGGCGAAGAUCAAGCUACGGAUUAUUCGAACCGGAUCCUGGUAGACAUUUACGUUCGAAGGAACGGUCUCGCGUCCGUUCGUUUUCGGCACGUUCGGCUUUUUUGCUUAUCGAUAGUGUUGCAGAGCAGUGUGUCCAUCAGUACGCCGCAAAGUUGAAGGAUUUGCAAGGCUGUAGCUCUUAGAACACAAUGGGGCAGUCACUGUCGGAGCCGGAAACCUCAAAAGCGACGGAAUUUUGCCAGAAUGAUUACUACAAAGUUGGCUCCAGCUGCAUGCAGGGCUGGCGAAUGCACAUGGAAGAUUCCCACACGCACAUACUCUCGCUGCCGGACGAUCCGGGGACGGCGUUCUUCGCUGUGUACGAUGGACACGGUGGGGCGAAGGUGGCCGAAUAUGCCGGCAAGCACCUGCACAAGUACAUCACGCGCCGGCCGGAGUAUGGCGAAGACCUGAAGCAGGCGCUCCAGCGCGGUUUUCUCGAUCUCGAUGAGGCCAUGCUCAACAAUGAAGCGUUGAAGGAGCAGAUGUCCGGCUCGACGGCCGUCGCCGUCGUGAUCAAAGACAACCGGCUGUACUGUGCCAAUGCGGGCGAUUCACGUGCGAUCGCUUGUGUAAACGGGCGCCUGGAUGUACUGUCGUUCGAUCACAAGCCAACGAACGUUUCGGAGAUGAAACGAAUCCAUAACGCCGGUGGUUACGUAGAGUAUAAUCGUGUGAACGGGUAUCUGGCGCUUUCGCGUGCGCUCGGGGACUUUGGGUUGAAGCGCAACCAGGAGAAAAAGCCCGAGGAGCAGAUGGUAACGGCGUACCCGGACGUGGAGGAACGCGAAGUGGACGAGCGGUGGGAUUUUCUGGUGAUUGCGUGCGAUGGCAUCUGGGAUGUGCUGUCGAGCCAGUCGGUGCUGGAGUUUGUGCAGGACAAACUGGCGCAGGGUAUGUACCCGCAACAGAUUUGCGAGAACCUGAUGGAGCGCUGCCUGGCACCGGACUGCCAGAUGGGUGGUAUCGGGGGCGACAACAUGACGGUCAUCAUCGUAUGCUUUCUGCACGGGCAACCGUUUGAACAGCUGAUUGGACGGUGCAAGGAGGCGGUGGCGAAACGGGAGGCCAAACUGUUAAAGCGAUUCCAGGCUAAACAUUCAAACGGGGAACAGACGACGGUGACGACAACAGCCGCCAGUCCGCUAACCGUGACGACGGGUUCGGAUGGUUCAGAAAAGACAGGUGCGAAUAACGAAGAUGAUGAUGAUGAUGAUGAUGAUGAUGGGGAUAAGAACCGAUACGCUCGAAAUGGUCGAUCAGAGGACGAAUCUUCCGGCAGCGAUAAUGAGCUGUUGGAGGGCGCACGAACACCUUCCCUACAGACACACGACGUGGCGGAGAAGGACGCCUCCCAAUCUACACCGAAAACCUCCGUACUACCCGCACAGGAAGACAGCUCUCCCUCGGCACAGGACAAAAGCGUAAAAAAGUCACCAGACAAAAAGAAAUCCGCACUAGUGGAAAGUGAGGACGAUACUAGCGAAGAAGGGGUGGAUUUGAAGUGAAAUCCUUGAGCAGUCAAUGAUGGCUCGAGACUAGGGUAAUUUUGUGUUGGUUGUUAUUGACUCGGUGCCGUUCGGAGACCGAUGCGAUGUGAGAUAUGCGUGUGGUUGUGUGGAAUAGUAGUCUGAUCGUAAUUGUGGCUCGAGCUAGACAUUGGCCAUGAGUAUAGUACCAUAGUUGUCCGAUAAGAGUUGUGGAAGGGGAGAUUGUUUUUAGCCUUUUUGUUACACACCUGUCCGUCACCGUACGUUUAAACGCCGGUUGCGAACGGUCGUGUCCCAUCUGUUGUGCUCCCAGUUUUAGCAUUAAAAUAUUUCCCCCUUUUUUAACGCUAUUUCUUUACCUUUCGGUGGAUAGUCAUAUUGGUAGGGAAGGUUAACUUUUUUAUUUUUUACUUGUAUCUUGUUCGAUAACGCUAGCGAAUACCAAAUAAUUAAAAGAUAACUCAUGUAAGCCCAAGCUGAUAACGUCGAGGAUCUGACGAUCUACACGACAGUCUUGGUGAGGAAUAGCAUACCAAUAUGCUUACAUAUUAGAUUACAUAAUAUGCAUGCAAUAUGCAAAAAAAAAAACAUCCUUAAAUGGUACUCUGCUCCUCGGGUGCGACACGGCAUGCGUGUGAGUGCGUGUGUGUGUGUACGCUCCCGUCAUCGUAACUCUGAUACGCUUCUUAGUGAAAAAUACGUAGCAAACAAAAAAACGGUUCUGGAUGGUAAUGGAUUUUUUCCUCCUUCCUACUGCAGGCAUGCAUCCUCUCUACAGCCCUGUGCGUACAGGGAGCUAGAAAAAAAAAACCGGUAGAGAAAAACGGUAGUGUCGAAUGGAAAUAUUUCUAAUCAAUAACACACACUCUCGUGCCCCGAUUUAUCUUGCCGUGCGAUCCCCUAAAGCGAUACCGUUCCUGUACAUAUGCUAAACUUUUUAUAAAAAAAAACACUGCUAAUGAGAGUUUAACAAAACCAAAAGGGUACGAGACAUCACUAGGCGCUAAGCAAAAAAGCAUAAGAAACAAAACUACUGGUAGCAAAAGCAAAACCAACACAACUGUGUUAGUUAGUUCAAUGCGUUCGGGCUUUGGGCAGGGAUUUAAUGUCUACCGGAGAAACGCGCGCGAGGCGUCUGAUAAUACUAGAACUGAUGUUGAUAGAAAGAAAUAUCCUUCGCUGUAAACUAUCCUACAUACAGAUACAAAAAGCAUAUACCUAUAUAUAUAUAUAUAUAUAAAUAUAUAUUUUCUACUUUCGAAGUAUAGAUCAGCCGAAAAUAAAUUCGCGGGCGUUAAGAGCUACGUUCUUUGAA